GGGGAGGUGCGGCAGAGGCCGCGAUCCCAGCCGUGAGCGCCCUGACGCUGUUGGUGGCGGCAGGACGGUGCGCUGAGGCGGUUGGCAGCGCCGGGGUGGAGGCUGAGCCAUGGAGGUCUCAAAGGAGCUGUCUUCCAGAAAAGAGUCCACUGUAUCUGUUCCCAGUGAGUCACAACCAACACCAGUACAGAUCACAGUGCUGAAGGCGCAGGACCUGAAAACUCUCAAAAGCGAUGUGUCAGUCACUUCAGUGUGCGUGGAGUACAACGGAGUGGUCCUGGGAGAGUCCUCCAGGACUAAUGUCCUGCCAAAUGGGACAGCAGACUACAAUUUCACAACCAGCUUUGAGAGCAGCCCCAAUGGGCCCAACUCCCUGGAUGACAUUGCACAAACCCCUGUGCUCUUGACAGUGAUAGAAAUGUUGCAAAAGGACAAGAAACAAAAGGACAGGACUGCACCUCUUGGCCAAGCUGUGGUGGACCUUUUACCUCUGCUGCAAGGACAGUGUUCAUUUCACGUCACAGCUCCUUUACAUGCAGUGCCUACCUCUCCAUCAGAGAGCCUUCACCCAGAGGCCAAGGGUGGCCUUGAAGUGACAGUGAGCACCAAAGAGCCUUUGCUUUCUGCCACACAGCUUUCAAACGGUAACUUCCUGAGCAUCACACUGGAGGCAGCUUAUUCUAUCCCUGAAGCAUUUGCUGCCACAGGGCCCCUGCAAAACUACAUGGCUUGCUUGCAAGUACCAGCAGCUGGGGAGAAAGAACUCCCCUUGCUCUUCAAGAAUGGCAUCCUGAAGCUUGCUGGUGAGAAAGAGCCAUUACCCCGGCCCAAAAAGUGGCCCCUUGCUAACAUCAUGGCCCCUGGCGCUCUGAGCAUACCGAACUCCUUCAUUGUUGGUGGUCCCUAUGAGGAUGAGGAUGGAGAGCUCAAAAAUGGAGAGGACAGGGAAUUUAGGAUCCAAGCAGAAAGCAUGAAGAGAGUUGUGUGGGACAUGGAAAGUCGUUGUUACCUGGAUCCUGCUGCAGUAGUCACUCUGCAGAAGCGCAUUGCAGAGUGCCAGUACUGGCCCGUGGAGGUCUGCAGGGUAUCUGCAGCCUUACCCAGCAAAGGGAAAACCAGCAAAGCUGACAAGGGAGAUGAGGAAAAGAAGAUUUCCUUCCAUGGUGUGGCAUAUGUCAACAUGACGCCUUUGCUCUGCCCUGGUGUGAAGCAGAUCAGAGGUGCUUUUCGUGUCUGUGCCUACCAAGACAGCAAAGUGUUUGAGAAGACCAAAAGCCAGCACAGCAUUUUCCAGGAUCUUAGGGGGCAGCUCAGUGUGACGCGGAUGGGCUCAGGGACCUUAGGAAUUGGUGCUCCUCUUGACCGAGCUGCUCCCAACAAGACUCAGAAGGAAGACAAAGAGAAAAGCACCAACAAGAAGAUGUCCCACAUGCCCAAAUUCCAGUUGCCAAAUGGCACUGGGGAAGCAGAAAAUGCCAUGCAUCUUAACCUUGAAGGACAGCAAUAUGUUGAAGCAGGAACAUUCCUGGUGAUGGAGAUAAAGCUGUACAAGGCCUUGGUACCAAGAAGACUGCGAGAGGAGCUCACCAAACAGGUCAAGCAAAUGAUUCCUCCUCGCCCUCCGCUGCCUCCCUGGACUUCAGGAGCCCAGAAGGCUGUGGAAGAUUAUCACCACCACAUCAGGAGCAUUGCUGCUGCCAUCCUAAAUGAAUGCCAUGAGCUCUUUGGGAAGCAGCUGCCUGACCAGACAACGACAGACCACCAAACCCUGGAGGAACAGAAGCGUCAGCUCAACUUUGAGCUGAACAGCUCUGGCAAAUAUUUUGCUUUUAAGGAACAGCUAAAGUAUGCUGUAGUGAAGAUUGUGAGGGAGAAAUACCUGAAGACCAUGGCAUUUGAGAGCCAGGAGCAAUUCCAGGCGUUCCUCAGUGAGCUCUACGUAUACCUCAUGGACCAGAUGCACAUGGCCCUGAACCAGAUGCUGUUUGAGGAAGCUGCUCCUUCUGCCCCUCCAUCCCAAGUGACCCAGAAGCAGCUCUGGCUCUUUGCUCAUGAGGCUCAAGUUAUCAAGGACUAUAAACUGGCAUCUCUCUACCACCAGCAGAGGAUAGCUAAGGACCAGUACAACAUCGAGUGCUGGCUGGACUAUGGGGCAUUCUGCCUCCUGCUCGAGGAAACAACCAAAGCCCAUGAGUGCUUCCAGCAGGCUCUUUCUCUGGAUCGCAAUCACAUCCGGAGUUUGCUGCUGUGUGGGAUUACAGCUGCCAUGCUGCAGCACGAUGAAGAGGCAGAGGUUUUAUUUGAGGAUGCCUGCUGCUUGGAGCCAUCCAGUGUGGUGGCCUGGACACUUUCAGGUUUGUUUUACGAGCUGCAGGAUAAUAAUAUUCAGGCAGAAAUGGCCUUCCGUGAGGCUAAAAAGCUCUUGCAAGCACAGCUUGCCAAGGAGAGGAGCAUCCCUGAGGCUGCUGAGGGAGAAGGAGAGAAGGUUCCAGAUGGUUCUGCUGACAAACUGACAAAGGUGGCGGAGCCUGCCCUGGCUUGUGGGACACCCAAGGAAGAGGCGACAGCACCAGAGGCAGCCCCAAAAGCACCGUCCCCUGCUUCAGGACUUGGACAACCUCCCUGCACGAUCUUCAAGAAGACAGUAGAAUUCCUGAUGAAAGCCAAUGCUGUCCAGUUUGUUCACAAGGCCCUUGCCCACGAGCUGCUGAGCCUCCAGGGAGGUCCCUCCAGUGGGUACUAUUUGGCGCUGGCCCAGACUUACUUGCUGAAAGAGGAACUCUCCAAAUGUGAAGAAUGUCUCUGUGAGGCUGUUAGGAUUGACUGCAUGAAUCCAAAUGUCUGGGCUCAGAAAGGGCACCUCUGCUACCUGAAGAAAGACUUUGGUGAGGCAAAGGAGUGCUAUGAGCGAACCAUGGGGUUUAUGGAGGAUGCUGAGGAUAUGCACUUCGUCUACCUGCGCCUGGGUUCCAUCUACCUGGAGGAGAAAUUGUACGGCCGGGCAAAGAAGAUCUACCUGCUUGCCUGCGACAACUCCGCAUCCUGCCUCACCUGGCUGGGGGUGGGAAUCGCCUGCUACAGGCUGAAGGAGAUGGUGGAAGCAGAAGAUGCCCUCUCUGAAGCCAAUGCCCUCAAUAACACCAACGCGGAAGUGUGGGCAUAUCUCUCCCUCAUCUGCCUGCACGGCCCACACCAUUCCCAUGGGAUGAUGUCCUCACUGCUCUGUGUCCUUUCCCCAGGGAGGACGACAUAUGGAGGCAGAGCAGUGCUACAAGUACGUCCUCAAGCUGGGCCUGACGAACGACGCGCUACUGCGGGAGCUCCGCGCCGCCCAGCUCCGGUUCGGCUUCGGCAACCCGGAGCUCUGAGCUCCGGCUCCGCAUAAACCCCCUGUCCCGAC